UAAAUAUUCUUCGUGUUAAAAUUAUAACGACUUUUGAUACUUUAAAAACUAAGCGUCCUAAGCCAAACCUUUAUAUAUAUAUAUAUAUAUAUAUAUAUAUUUCAAUUGCACUAAUUGGUGUCAGGGCCGAUCGUAAUGAAUGGUAAUUUAAAUCGCUGACUAAAAAUUUUAAUUAAUUAAACCAAAUUAUAACCUGCCAAUUAGCCAUCGGACGUUUAUAAAAAAAGGAGAGGUCAACGACAAAAUUUUGCUGCAUCAUUAAAUUAAAUUACAAUUGAAAUGAGAACUAGAAGGGCCAAUAAAAAGUUGCCGCCUGGAAUGGCGGCAACGGAAGAACCGCCAAGUAAGAAAACUAAAUAUUCCAAACUCCGUAAUAAAAUACCAGAAGAAGAAAUGGAUAUUGAUAUUGAACCAGAAUUAACUCUUCCUGUUGCGAUUAAAAACGAAGACAUCAAAGCAAUUGACUAUUUAUUGAAUAAAAAAGUCGACGUUAACAUUACUCAAAAAUCUUCUCCACCAGCUCUCCAUUUAGCCGUCCAAACAAAAAAUUUGGAGAUAAUUAAGAAGUUAGUUGACCAUAAGGCCGACAUUGGCAUUAUUUAUGAAAAUAAAACAGCUUUGCAUCUUGCUGUGGAACAAGGUAACAAAGCAAUGGUCGAAAUACUUCUGAAACCUAAAAAAAAUAAAAGUAAGGUAAACAAAAGAGCUAAAGAUCAUCCGACACCUCUUACUGCGGCUAUCAAGUCUGGUAACUUUGAGAUAUUUCAACUAUUAAUAAACUCUGGAGCGUACAUCAAAAAAAUCAUUCGUGAAGAUACUCCACUGCACUAUACAGCCAAAAAUAAUGCUGUCGAAAUAGCUGAAUAUUUAAUUGACCAAGGAGCUAAAAUUAAUAUUUGCAAAAAAAGUGAUUCGUCAUCAUUUUAUCUUUACGCGCCAUUACACGUCGCCAUUGUUUAUGGAAGUUUUGAAGUGGCUCAAUUACUAAUAAAUAAACAAGCCAGCGUUCACGCUAAGACAGACUGUGGUAAAAAACCUCUAGACUUGGCGAUCAGAAAAGGUAAUUAUCGGAUAUUCAAAUUAUUAGUUGACUCCGGGGCUACUGUAGAUUUGUCUUACCGAAACAUAAAUCGAUCACACUGGGCAGCUUAUCAUAAUUCACUGGAAAUCGCAAAGUAUUUAUUUUCCGUAGGAGAUGAUAUACAUUUUAAUUGUUCCCACAAGUGGUCGGACUUUCAUCAGUAUACUCCAUUACAUGUUGCUAUUCAGCGAGAAAGUGUCAAAGUUGCUAAAUUCCUAAUUAGCAAAGGUGCUGAUGUUAACAUUUGUGGAAAAAACGGCGAAUCACCGCUUACCUUUGCCAUUCAACAAGGGAAUUCUGAACUGUUUCACUUACUCUUAGAUGCUCGAGCCGAAAUAAAUGGUUGUCCAAAUAAAGUUUUACCUUUACAUCAAGCUGUUGCUGUAAAUAAUAGCUACGUUACGAAAUUUUUGCUCGAACGUAAAGUUGAUGUUAAUGCAAUAUGUAAAUGUCCAGUGUCUAAAUAUUCAGAUUGCACGCCGCUGCAUCUUGCAGUAAGCACAGAAAAUUUAGAAAUCAUAAAUUUAUUACUGAAACAUAAAGCGGAUGUUAAUAUUAGCACUGAAAAGUUAGGAUCAACUAUCGGAAUAGCUGUGGAUCAGAAUAAUUAUGAGUUGUACGAGUUGUUAUUAAAAGCUGGUGCAGAUAUUAAUGAACCUUCGAAUAUGACACUGUUACAUAGAGCUGUCGGUGCAAACAAUUAUCGUAUAGCUAAUGAUUUAAUUGAACGCGGUGUAGAUGUUAAUGCAAUUAAUGGAUCUGAAACUUCACAGUACUACGGAUGCUCACCGUUACAAAUUUCAAUUAUGAAUGAGCAUAAAAAAAUCGCAAGAUUGCUUCUUAAAAAACAGGCAAAAGUUGAUGAUGAAAAAUUUGUUAAAACUCCACUUGGUAUCGCUUGCGAGUGCGGCAAUUUCAAAUUAGUCAAGAUUCUUGUUAACGCAGGCGCUGACAUUAAUAAAAUUUCUAACAAAGCGAUGCCGUUGUGCUGGGCCAUUAGUAACGAAUACUAUGAAAUUAUUCAGUAUUUAAUUGACCGCAAUGCUCAUGUUAAUAUUAUUUAUCAAGGCACAACUUUACUUUAUCACGUAGUAGAAAGUGAUAAUAUAAAGAUGGUUGAGCUUUUGCUUAAAAAUGGUGCUGAAGUAAAUGCAAUUCAUGAUUCGAGCGAAACAGCUCUUACUGCAGCUGUUAGAAAAAAUAAUUUGGAGCUGAUGAAAAUUCUAAUCAAUGCCGGAGCUCAGGUGAAUUCAAGUAAUGACAAAAAUUAUUCACCAUUACACUGGGCCGUUGAGCGUAACAACUAUAGUACUACUCAAUAUUUAAUCGAACAAGGAGCUGAUAUUAAUAGUGUUCGCUCUAGUACAACGCCACUGACUAGUGCUUGUAACAAUAAAAGAAAAGAUAUAAUUGAGCUUUUGAUUAAAAAUGGAGCUGUCAUUGAUGAUGAAAGGGUAUACAGGACAGCUCUCGGCAUAGCUUGUAGGCAGGCUGAUUUCGAUUUAGUUGAGUUACUAGUAAACUUUGGAGCGAGUGUUGAUCUUCGUUCUGAUAAUGAGACUCCGUUAUAUUUGGCGAUCCUUAAUAGGAAUUACAAAAUUGCUAAGUAUUUAGUUGAUCAUGGAGUUGAAGAUAUUGACGCUGGUUCGCGGAGUACUACUCCAUUGCACUUAGCAAUUAGAUUUCGCGACAGAGAAAUAGUUGAACUAUUACUUAAACAUAAAGCUAAAGUUAAUAAAGUGAAUGAAAAUGGCGCGACAGCUCUUGGAAUGGCUAUUAAGAGUCAUGAUUUGAAAUUAGCUGAAUUAAUAUUACAUGUUGAGGGUACAGAUAUAAAUGCUCCGUGUCACGAUAAUCGAACGCCAUUAGAAAUCGUAGCGCGAAAUCACGAUGUAGCUUGGAUGAAGCUUUUAAUUAAUCAUCGAGCUAAUAUUAAUUUUAUAACUAAAGAAAACCUGAAAUUUAUUUUUCAUGUUUUACACGUAGGGAAUGUCGAAAUGCUCAAGCUAAUAUUAUCUAAAAAUGUUGACGUUAAUUGCAGAGAUCUCGAUAAUGAAACACUCUUAUUUUCUGCUAUUAGACAGAGAUCAUUUGAAAAAACUGAAUUCAUACUUAUGAGAGAAGAUUUUGUCAAUAUUAAUGAUGUCCCCCCGGGCGGGUCUGCGCUUCAUGAGGCUGGUAAAUUCGAAGAGGAAAAUCCAUUGAUAUUGAAUCUUUUAUUAAAUGCUGAUGUUAAUCUUGUAAAUAAAUCCAAUCAGACGGCUGUAAAUACAACAAAUUUUGAGAGAAACAAAAAAAUUAUUAGAGAGCACAUGGUAAAAUUAAAGGCCGCUGGUUGGUCUUUAACUAAUCAAAAUUUAAUGGCAAUCAUCGAAAAAAGAUUGGACGAUUUUUUUAUUGAUUGUUUAAAAGAAAUAGAACUGAUGAAAAAUAUGAAAAUUGAUCAGACUAUCAUGAGUUACUACGAUGUUUUGCGUAUUAAUUACCAUGAAAUCGCGGUUAAAUUAAGUAAUUUUAACGAUGGAUCUUUAAAUGAAAAAGAGUUGCAGUUACAAUUCCCUUUGUAUGGUCGGAUAAUUUACUAUCGUUUAUUUAAAGGCUCACAAAGAAAUAAAUUGUUAAGCAUAAGCACUAAUGUAUUUGCUACAUUACUUUCCGCUCAACUGCCGUUCGAUAUUAUAAGAGCAAUUAAUCCUUAUUUAAACUACAGAGAUCUCAAAAUGUUAUCUCUGUGCUAAAGAGUAAUUUUUUUUUGUUUCUGUCUUUAAUUUAUAAUUCUCCAAUAAAAAAUAAAACUUGAAUUCUCCAAUAAAACUUAAAUUUAGAAUAAUAAAUAUUCCUUCAUGUAAAACAAUGUGUUUUUUUCUAAAAUAUUCAAUAAAUAAAUCAAUUUGAUACCAAGUUUAUAUUUGUUGUAUUAAUUA